GCGGAAGGGUGGGAGGCACAGACGGAUCCUUGCAGAAGGUGAAGGGACAUCGUUGGCGGGAAGGCCCGGAGCUCUGGCACGCGGACAGGUCACAACAGCAGUGCCACUAUGAGCCUGGUAGCCUGUGAAUGUCCACCUGGUCCAGGCCUGGAGCCAGAGCCCUGUUCACGGGCACGGUCCCAGGCCUGCAUGUACCUGGAACAGAUUCGUAACCGGGUAGCCACAGGGACUGCUGACGUGACCAAACAUGACUACCUGGUAGAUGCAGCUACACAGAUCCACCUGGCACUGGAGCGAGAUGUCAGCGAAGACUACGAGGCUGCCUUCAACCAUUACCAGAAUGGCGUGGACGUGCUGCUCCGUGGUGUGCAUGUUGACCCCAACAAGGAGAGACGUGAAGCUGUGAAGCUGAAAAUUACCAAGUACCUACGGAGGGCAGAGGAAAUCUUCAACUGCCACCUGCAGCGGACCCUGGGCAGUGGAGCCAGUCCCAACACGGGCUUCAGCAGCUUGAGGCUCCGGCCCAUUCGCACACUGAGCUCUGCUCUGGAGCAGCUGAAGGGAUGCAGGGUCGUUGGGAUCAUCAAGAAGGUGCAGGUGGUUCAGGACCCGGCAACUGGAGGAACCUUCGUUGUGAAGAGCCUCCCCAGGUGUCACAUGGUGAGCCGGGAGCGACUGACGAUCAUCCCGCAUGGCGUCCCCUACAUGACGAAAUUGUUGCGAUACUUCGUGAGCGAGGACUCCAUCUUCCUGCACCUGGAGCAUGUGCAAGGAGGCACCCUUUGGUCACAUCUACUCUCCCAGGCCCAUUUUCAAUACUCUGGGCUCAACUCUGGCUCUGCUCAGGAGAAGUCACAAACCCAACUCAACACAUGCCUUAGUCUCAUGACCCCAGCAGAGCUCGCACCAGGCCACAGCUUGAGGCAGGACAGAAACCCAGUGGAGCCUCCACGGACUUCCCAGAGCCUUCUCCCAGCCCUCCAGCUUCAGAAAGAGGCCGAUGCUGAACCUUCAUCCAGGCCCAGUGCUAUCUGCUCUUCAGAUCCCACAGAGGACCUGUGUGGCCACUCGCACAGUCAAGUCAGGCGAGCUGGCCAGAGUUCCAACCCAGCACCCACGCAGAGGUUCCACUGGGUACGAGAAGGGGCUGACCGGGUGCUAGGAGCCUAUGGCCGAGGCAGGGGUCGGAACCCCCCAUCAGCAAACAGGGCCAGCCUGGGGUGCGGAAGAGCUGCCUGGAGCCUGAGGGAGGGACAGGUGAAGCAGUGGGCAGCUGAGAUGCUGCUGGCGCUGGAGGCGCUGCAUCAGCAGGGGGUGCUGUGCCGGGACCUCAACCCACAGAACCUGCUCCUGGACCAGGCAGAAGGUCACAUCCAACUCACGUAUUUUGGCCAGUGGUCAGAAGUGGAGCCGCGGUGCAGCCAGGAGGCUGUGGACUGCCUGUACAGUGCUCCAGAGGUUGGGGGCAUUUCUGAGCUGACUGAAGCCUGUGACUGGUGGAGCUAUGGGUCACUUCUGUAUGAAUUGCUCACAGGAAUGGCACUGUCCCAGAGCCACCCUUCAGGAUUCCAGGCCCACACUCAACUCCAGCUGCCUGAGUGGCUUAGCCGCCCAGCUGCUUCUCUGUUGACCGAGCUGCUGCAGUUCGAGCCCCAGCGGCGCCUAGGAGCUGGAGGUGGUGGCACCAGCAGACUCAAGUCCCAUCCCUUUUUCAGUACUAUCCAGUGGAGCCGGCUAAUGGGGUAGGAGGCAGGGAAUGGACAGGGGCUGGCACAGUUCUCUUGACUGUCUACCAGCUGGGCUGGCCCCUCCCCUCAGUGGACCUUAGGGGAAGCACGUGGGGCAGCAGCCACUUUUCUGCUCACAACCUGCUUGGGCCUCAGACUGGUGAAGCUGCUGCAAGGGCAGAGAGGUGCACCCCGCCGAGCAACAGCUGACCACACAGCUUGGACCUUUAGCUGGGACCAGCAUCUUCAAGGGUGCCUUCUGUUGCUCUAGUUCCAAACUGCUCAACACCUACUGAGCCAACUGACUAAUCUGGGGACACUGCCAUUUGUACACCACGUAGGGCAUCUCUGGAGACAUCUCAGGACACUGAACCUCUGGCUUAGUAGACCAGGACUGUCCUGUGUCCACUUUAGUCAUGCAACCAGUGCGCUGCUACAACCAGAUGCCAUUCCUACAGAGGUCUGGGUGCUGGGAAGGUCUGUAGGGUGAAGUGGGGAGAGGUGGGGCACAGUAUGAUCCACUCGCCACUCCUGACCCCUAAACUUCUGAUUUCUGACUUUGGAGAAUAAAAUCAAGGCAAAGAGAAGCCAGUGGGAUUAAGAGCGGGAUAAGAUGCGGUUGUACCACUUAAGACAGAGUUUGAAAACAGAAUAAAGCGCUUUAUUCUCUGGCUGGCUCUCCUGUGUCAGAAGAGCUUGCUCCACAGGACCAGCAGUCAGUUCUUCUCAGGUGUUGGUUGUUUUCCACUCUGCAUUUUGGUAUGAGCUUCUAUUCAACUCACUGCCUGCUGACUUUUAGAAUGAGAUACCAAAGAACAUAUGGACCAAUUUUACCCAGUGCCUUCAGAAAGGUAUUUCUGGUCUCUGAAGUAAGUGGUAUCUCCAAAGACAGCCCCCUCCCUAGGUCCAAGGGCUUGCCUCAAGACAACCCAGUUGCUGGGGUGUGGUACAUACAACAAAUUUCACUUGACCAAUCCCCGGGCCGUGUGUGCGUGUGUCCCUAUGUAUGUGCUGGUCCUCCAAGUGCCUGGGGUUUGUCUACCCUCCAAUAAAGCCUAUUCUU